GCGAGGCGCUGGCAGCCUUGAGCAUCACCAAGCAGACGCUGGCCCGACCUGAGUUCCAUUCCAUCCGCAAUCCAGUCCAUCACCACCGACCGACGCAAACACCUUAACGAUUACUUCAAGACCAAGAGCUCGCCCUAAAUCCGGCCAACAGCUGGAGCACGGAACUUCCACAUAAUUCACCAUUAACCAGCAACAACCGCCAAAAUGUCGAUGCGCAUCGUACCCGCGGAAGCACACCUCACAUCCUACAGCCACCUCGCCUCGCAGCAGCUGAGCGCCCCCUCCGCGCCGGGCCUCUACGACACGCUGCGGGCGGGCGUGGGACCGUCUGCCUUCGACGCGGCCGACCCCCGCAAGCCGUCGUCGGCACACCCGCUCGAGGCGCGCCUGAAAGCCUGGGAGGCGACGCGCGAGUCGCUGCGCAUGGACAUGCUGCGGCGCACGUACGGCAUGGCGGAGCCGAUCCGCCGCGGCAUGGAGCUCAAGAUCACGCGUGAGGGGGAGUGGCGGCCCAUGGCGCUCGGCGGGGGGAAUGGGGUCACCGGGAUGGGGAGUGUGCACGAGGAGAUUCUGGCGGGCAAGGAUGAUACCAUCUCGUGGGAAGAUGUGUUUAGCGGUGAGGAGUCGCGGGCGGUGGUGGGCGUGCAUGAGGAGAUGGAGCGGAAGUUGAAGAUCUGAGAAGGGGUGAUAUUGGGUUGGAUCCUUAUGGUGGGAUGACAGCCAGCGGUCAUUCUGUGUCAGGGGACAGAGACCGUCACGAAAUCUGCAAUCGAAGCAGGCGGUAGAAACCUUGCUUGAGGGAGCUGUAAAAUAUCGGGUAAGCUCAGGGGCGGAGCAGACGGCCGUCGGCAUAGACAUGGAACCAUGGCGGAGUCGAUGCGCGUCCGGGAUCAUUGUUCGAUGUGUUUGUUAUUAUGUGGAAGGUUCAGCAGAGCGAACCGCUCGAACGAUCCCGAGUCCUCGACCAGUAGACACGAACUGUACCUGUAGCCAGAAACCCAGCGAGC